GUCCUUGCUUACCCCACCUCUUGAAGCUGCCUUCUUACAAGCAAGGCGAGGAAGAAAGAAGCAGCCUCUCCCCAUGAUGGCGGCCACCAUAGACAACAGCAAUGCCGUGCAGGCGACCAAGAAAAAGCAUCUCGGUAUUCCCGAGGCGGUGUUCGUGGAGGAUGUGGACUCUUUCAUGAAGAAGCCGGGCAACGAGACAGCGGACGCGGCUUUAAGGAAGCUGGAUGAGCAAUACCAGAAGUAUAAGUACAUGGAGCUUAACCUAUCGCAGAAGAAACUCCGAUUAAAAAGCCAGAUCCCGCAAAUAAAACAGACACUAGAGAUCCUGAGGCACAUGCAAAAGAAAAAGGAAACCACGGAUCCUAUGGAGACACACUUCUUGUUGGCCGACAACGUUUACUGCAAAGCCUCAGUACCCCCCACCGACAAAGUCUGCCUAUGGUUAGGUGCCAACGUCAUGCUGGAGUACGACAUUGACGAUGCUCAGGCUUUACUGGAGAAGAACCUCUGCACGGCCUCUCGCAAUCUGGAGACUCUGGAAGAUGACCUAGAUUUCCUGCGAGACCAGUUCACCACCACUGAAGUCAACAUGGCGCGAGUCUACAACUGGGAUGUGAAGAGGAGGAGCAAGGAGAACCUCCUAAAGUCCACAGACAAGUCUUAAUCCAGAUAGGACCACUCCUGACCCAUUUCCUGCUAAUGGUAUUCAGUUCAGUCAGUGCAACAAACCCACUCUUACCGCGAGGUGUACCAAGGGCCGGACACUGGCGCUGUGUUUUGGAUUCGGAAUCAAGUCUAGUGUAGCCACGGCAGUCAAUGUUUUUUUUACUUUUUAAAAGUCUAUUUUCAGGUAAAAACAAAUACAAAUUUGUUUGUAUUCUUUGUUCUUUCCUCUCCCCUUUUUGUUUCUCUGUAUUUAUUUGUCCGUCACAGUGCUCCUGAAUUAAAACAUUAAUGAAGAACAGCAAUGGCCA